AUGGCUGCUUUUGAAAGUUCUCCUGCUGUAGUUGUAAAUAUACAGGAACGAGAGAGGAUUAUACAGCAGACGUGUGCAUCCUCAUGCUUUGAGCUGGUGGGUGGCUGUGUCCUGGUUCUCAUGCAGGAGGUUAGGGUGUCCUGUGCAGGAAAUCUGAAGAAUGUGUUGAGUGAGAAUGAAGCUCGUGUGCAGGGAGAAAAACACGAAAAAAAGCAAAAAGGCAUAAGAGGAAAAAAAAAGGACACAAAAGACAGACUGGAGGGAGGAGAGGAUGUCCACCUUGCAGCCAUCACUACAGUCAGCCAGCUUCUUACUGCUGAUAUGAAGCAGUUGAACAACGUCACUGCUGAUUCCAUCACCAGGCUCACCCAAAGGCUGCAGACAUUUUCCCUGAAUCAGAGUCAUAAAGGAUCGUCGCUCGUACAGCCGAACAUCGCCAUACAGUCAUUCAAAGUGUCCCAAAGUUCAGAAAUCCAAAAUUACUGUUCUUCGGACACCUUCUCAGCCAACAGAAUAAAGAUGAAUAACAUCUUUGUCGAUCUUAGUAACCAUCAUAUUCCCAUUGAUGUCCAGAUAAAGGUCAAGCUUAAAAAAGGUACCAUACUUUAUAGCACUGAGAGUGAAGGCAUCAACAUUGGCUUCGUGCUGUACAAUAACGAUCAGUUCUUCAGAUCGCAGGUCUUCCAACCUUCACUGAACAUCAAGAGAAAAGUGAUCGCUGGAUACCCGGCGAAAGAAAAUGUCCUUGAUUUUGUUGAGUUCACUGUCAGGGACCAGAAUGUGCCUUCUAUGCACCUCUAUGAUUUCACCUGUGUGUUUUGGGACUACGAUAAGAACGACUGGAACACAAAAGGGUGUAAAAAAGUCUGCAGUUUUGCUCACAAGAUGUGCAGAUGUAAUGGCACAAUGAACUUAGCCAACUUUGCUAUGUUGAUGAGUUUCAGCUUAAACCCUGAAAACAUCCAGGCUUUAAAUGUGAUCAGUCUGCUCGGCUGCGCUCUGUCUGUCGUGGGUUUGACCAUCACGGUGAUAUUCCAGAUCCUGACCAGAAAGUUGAGACGAUCCAGCACUACCCUCCUGAUGGUCAGCAUCUGUGUGUGCAUGACCAUCGUCUACCUCCUCUUCAUCUUUGACAUUAAAAACACAACCCCCAGCUCCAGCUCAUUUCAUCCAGAAGAGAACAUCGUUCCUCUGUCCGAGUUCCAUCAGGAUCCCAACUUCCCAACAACUGACUUCUCAUUCACCUACUACGGGCCAUGUACAGCGUUCACCAUUCUCCUCCACUACUUCCUGUUAGCAGCAUUCACCUGGAGCACGCUGUACGCCACACACAUCUUCCUCCUGAUCAAAAAUACGCUCUUGGGGCUGCCGCAGUACUUCAGUGUCUUAUCCAUUUCCGUGGGUUGGGGUCUUCCCGCAGCGGUGGUUGGAAUCUCUUUAGGAAUCGCGUACCGGAUCAAUAAUCCAUUAAACUACAGACAGCAGAUGCUCUGUUGGCUGGCUGCACUAGAUCAGAAUAACAGGUUUGAUGGGAGGAAGCCCAUGCUGUGGGGUUUCCUGCUCCCUGUCGCUGUAAUGCUCCUCUUUAACAUCGCAAUACUCUUCUACUUCUCAUACACCACCUGCAGGACAAACCCCGACCUCAACAGUUCAGAGGCCGUUCCUCUAAGGAGUAAAAUGUUCUGCUGCGUGUCCAUGGCCGUGGUGCUCGGCCUGUCCUGGGUCUUCGGCUCCUUCAUGCUUCUAGAAAAGGAAGAAACUAUGAAAACCAUCUUCAGUUUCGCCUUCUGCCUCCGUAACACCACGCAGGGCCUCCAGAUCUUCGUGUUGUUCACUUUAAGAGCGCCAAUCUUUAAGAAGAAAGCCCUCGCUCUUCUCAAGAUCAUCCGAGCUCCCAUUUCGGCCAUACACAGAAAGACGUUUGAUCUGCAGACGGAUCAUGAAGAGAGCGACUUUGACCUGUAUGAGCUGUCGCAUUGA